UCCUUUGAAAAUUCCAACCAAACAAAAGACAUCUCAUUAUUUUUCUGGUGACCACACUUUUUCUCCUCCUUUUCCCGCACGAGCCCUGAGAUGAUUGAUGAUCAGGAAUAUCGGCAUCAUCAAAAUCUGGGGAAGCGUUAACAAAAUUAAGAAAACGGCGGGGUGGGGGAGGUGAGAUUCGAACUUACCAUGACAGAUAAUUACGGAACUCGCGAUAUCGGAUGACUCGAGUUUCACGUGAUUUCUGACAUCUUCCCCUUGUCGAAUAUUCAAAGCACGGAACUCAACCAGAUUCCCCUUGUCGGAACACCAAAGUCGGACGGCGACUGGGGAGGAGGAGACAUCCAUAUGCAUCCCCCUUUGCCCCAGUCGCGGUCGGUGUCCAUUCCAUCGGGUGGAAAGAAUGGAUGCUCCAGCGACGACGGAGGUCCGAAUCCUGUCGAGACGCAUGGUCCGACCCAGCCAGAGCCGGGGGGUGAUCCAUCUCACCCCGUGGGAUCUCAAGAUGCUCUCCGUCGACUACAUCCAGAAAGGCAUCCUCUUCCUUAAACCACCACCUCCUCCUCCUCCUCCUCCUGCUGCUGCUGCUGAUGAUGAUGAUGCUGCUAAAACGCGAUCAGAUGAGCAACGAGAAGAAGACGGCGGGAAGGAGGAGGAGGACUCCUCCCCCGUCAUCAUCUCCGACCUGCUGUCCUCCUUCGCCCGUGCCCUCGACCACUUCUUCCCGCUGGCUGGCCGCCUCGCCACGGCGAAACACGAGGAGACCAACUCCCUCUCCAUCUUCCUCGACUGCAACGAUGAGGGAGCCGAGUUCAUCCAUGCGUCCGCGGCCACUGUGACGGCGUCCGACGUCCUCGCCCCGCUCUACGUCCAUCCCGUCGUCCAGUCCUUUUUCCCUCUCAACGGCGUGCUCGGCUGCGACGGCCUCUCCACGCCGCUCCUCGCCGUCCAGGUCACCGAGCUGGCCGACGGCGGCAUCUUCAUCGGCUGCUCCCUCAACCAUGCCGUCGCCGACGGCAGCUCCUUCUGGCACUUCUUCAACUCCUGGGCCCACCUCAGCCGCGACCGCCACCAGGUAUCGAUCCCCAAUCCUCCCACCAUCGACCGCUGGUUCCUCGAUUCGUGCCCUCCUCCUAUCCGUCUCCCCUUCGCCGACCGGCUGGACUCCAUCCAAAGGAUCUCUUUCCCUCCCGUGAGGGAGUGCGCGCUCCAUUUCUCGGCGCGGUCGAUCGCGAAGCUCAAGGCCAGGGCCAACACGGAGAUGGGCACCGACCGGAUCUCCUCCCUCCAGGCCUUGCUGGGCCACCUCUGGCGCUCCGUGGCUCGUGCUCGCCGCCUCGACCCCACGCAGGAGACCACGUACUCUGUGCUGGUCGGUUGCCGGUCGCGGCUGGGCCCAUCGCUCCCCGCCACCUACCUCGGCAACGCCAUCAUGAUCGCUCGAGCCAAGUCGACGGCAGGGGAGCUGUCGGAGCACGGCCCCGGCUGGGCGGCCUGGCUCCUGAACCGAGCCGUGGCAUCCUGCGGCGAGGCCGCGACCAGAGACUGGCUGGAGUCGUGGGCGAAGGAACCAUCCUUGGUCCGCAUGGACCAUUUCAAUCACUGCGACCUGGUCACGGGGAGCUCUCCCCGGUUCGACAUCUACGGCAACGACUUCGGCUGGGGGAGGCCGGCCGCGGUUCGAAGCGGGGUCGGGAACAAGGUGGACGGCAAGGCCACCAUCUAUCCAGGGCCCGAUCCAGGGAGCAUGGCCUUGGAGGUCUGCCUCUCGCCCCAGGCGCUGAGCUCUCUGCUUCAAGACCAGGAGUUCAUGCAAGCAGUAGGCAACGAUGGGGCAUAAUAAAUCAUCCGAUUAAUGAUUUUUACUGUUCCAUGAAUUUCGAAUAAUAAGAUGAUGUCGUGUGGGCAUUCUGGUAGCCGUAGGUCUGAAAUGACCGAUCCCCUGCCCUGCCCUGCCCUAAUUUGUCUUCCCAUGGUUUUGCACCGACAACAGAUGUUACGUGGUGCGUCUUCUUUUUUUUUUUUGGUUAUUUGGUUGUUUGUGUUGGUCAUGUUAUAUGGGAUCACAUGGCCCAUGAAUUUUUUUUAUUAUAAAGAGACUAGUGGUUGUGAUGUUAGAUUUA